UUAAAACGGGGUGAUUACUUUCUCUGUGCAUCAAAAAAAUAAAAAUAAUUUCUCUAUGAAAAUAACCUAACACAUUAUUACUGUGCAUUAUUAAUAAAAUGAAGUUUUCGGUGGUCGUAGACCACAUGCAAUUCUCUAGUUUUUUAUAAGUAUUUGAUCAUUACUUCAUAAUAAUUCAAACUGUUUCAGUACACUGUUGUUAUAUUGAACAUUAUUUGUUGUUUAAGUGCUAGUAAUGUGACUCAAAACAAGACUUCAAUGGGAAGGUUGAAGCUCGAUUACUAUGGAGGGACUGAAGUUAAAUUGGGAAUGUUAAAACACCAUGUAUUUUUGGUAAAGUUAACCAAUAAGUUAAAAUCUGAAUAUCGUGCCUUCUGUAGUGGAAGCAUUAUCAAGGAUGAUCGAGUUUUGUCAUCGGCACAUUGUUUCUACACGAACAGAAAGCGCUUCAAACACACAAGCCGGGUAUUGAAAGCGGUGGGUGGUAUUCUUACGACGUACGUGCAGCACUCUGUCGAUGAGGAUGAUGACGUCCAGCAGUGGCGGACCAUAGGCAAGGUGUAUACGCAGAAGUUCUUCAGGUUUCCAGCUUACAAUCUAGCGGUUGUGGAAAUAGAUAAGCCUUGGAAUUUCAAUCAAUUUGUGAACAAAAUACCAUAUGCUUCGUUGAAUCAAAAUUUCGACGGUGUGUGUCUAGUGACUGCUGUGCGGCCUGCCAGGAGCUGGUCGUCGCAUAAGUUUUUAUUCACCGAGGCUUUCAAAAUGUUGCCACGCAGCGAAUGUGAAUCGAAGCUGUUGAGAGACAGCAGACUGUAUUUCUGCACUGAGUACGAUAGCCGCAAGCUUCUGAUGCAGUCUGUAGAGAGUGAAGGCAGUGCUCUGAUCUGUACAGGCACCGGAGAUCCUCAAGAGAAUGACUCCAAGCAGGGACUUUUAGUUGGUGUCACUAGUUUGAUCUACACAUAUCUACCCACUUUACACCACAAGGUGGGCCCAUUCCACAAGUGGGUUACGGAUACUGGUUAUAUUUUUAGCGAGAUUUCAACUGUCGUACUUCUAUUCUGUAUGGUUAUUAAAUUGUUAUUGUAAA